AUGACCUCUUCUCAGGAUUUCUUGCUGCCUCAGCCUCAGCCUGACCAGGCGUACGUCGAGGUCUCCGCGCUGGAAGCUGGUAUGAUUGACCUUCCCUUCAUCCACAUUGUCCAAGGCGCGGGUCCGGAGGAGGUCUACAGAUGCCCAUCACUCGCCUUCUCCAUCGUCCACAAGCCCUCUGGCACGCAUCUGGUUUUCGAUCUGGGCUUACGUCGCGAUGUCGAGGCCUAUCCUCCCCCGGUCCAUGCCAUCAUUGAAGCCUUUCCCUUCACCGUGCCCCAGAGCGCCGAAGAGUCGCUCGAGGCAGGCGGCAUUCUCCCGGAGGCGGUGCAGACCGUCAUCCUUAGCCACUUACACCAUGAUCACGUCGGUAAUCCCGAUGCGUUCCCAAAUGCGACUUUCAUCGUCGGCCCAGGCAACCGGGAGCUCAUCGAAUCUGGGUAUCCCACCGACCCAAAGUCAGCCAUCUGGCAAUCGACCCCAGUCGAACGCACGCGCUUCCUAUCGUCAUCAGACUUCUCGAUGUCUGUCGGCCCCUUUCCUCGUACGUACGACUACUUCGGGGACGGCAGCCUCUAUCUUGUGGACGCGCCGGGCCAUGUCGACGGGCACAUCAACGUCCUGGCGCGCACGUCGCGCGACGGUUCGUGGAUCUUCCUCGCUGGCGACUCCGCGCACGACACGCGUCUGCUCACUGGCGAGAAAGAGGUUGCGUUCAAUCCAGACGCGAGCGGACUCUUGCGCUGCGUGCAUGUGCACAAGGACAUUGCCAUCGAGCAUAUCCGUAGGGUGGGCUCGCUGCUCAAGGUCCCGAAGGUCCAUGUCGUGCUCGCGCAUGAUAAGGAGUGGUAUGAGAAGAACAAAGGCGGCGGUGCGUUCUUACCUGGAAUCAUUCCGCCCGCGUAG